CAAAGAAUGUGAGGUUGAAUUUGGCUGCAUCACAUUCAUAACAAAUUGGCUUAAAAGAAAAAUGAAAUAAUAAAGCAUCAUAUUCUCUAAAUAUAAUAAAAAUAAACAAAAUCCAAUUUUGAGUAUAUAUAUAUUUUUUAUUUCAAAUCACGGCUGUGAUGGGAUUCAUCUUCACAAGCAAGAUAUAGCAGCAAACACAGAAAAUUUUCUUCUUUCGAGGCAUAAUUCAAAUUAUUGGCGACAACUAUUGAAUCAUCAAAACAAAGAUGUUGUUUCAAGUGGCAGGACAAGGGACGCGUCCUACCUUCUUCGAGAUGGCCGCUGCUCAACAACUCCCCGCCAGUCUUCGAGCCGCUCUUACUUACUCUAUUGGCGUGUUGGCAUUAAGAAGACCGUUUCUCCACAAGCUUUUAGACUAUGAAGAUGAAUUCUUUUCUUUGCUUAUGUUGGUUCUUGAAACCCAUAGUUUACGAAACACAGAUGCCUCUUUUUCUGAAUCGCUCUAUGGUUUGCGAAGGAGAGCUGUGAGAAUAAAGGUAAAAAUGGAUGAUGCCAAACUGAAGACAAGUGACGGCAUUCAGCAUUCUGGAUUAGAAAAGCGUCAGAAAGUUCUUUCGGUUGUAUUUAUGGUUGUGUUGCCGUAUCUUAAGUCGAAGUUGAAUUCAGUCUAUAACAAAGAAAGGGAAGCUAGGUUGCAAGCCAGUUUAUGGGGUCCUGGUGCUGAGAGAUUUGGUGAUGCUGACUAUUUUGAUGAUGGGGGAGGUUCUCUUGUUUCUGAUGGAACUUUGGAAACAGAAACAUCUGUUAGAACACGUUUGUCAAGGAAAAUUCAGAAAAUCAUUUUUGCUUGCUAUCCAUGGGUGCAUGCUAGCUGUGAAGGAUUAUCAUUUACAUACCAGCUCCUAUAUCUGCUGGAUGCUACUGGGUUCUAUUCUGUUGGGUUGCAUGCUCUUGGAAUUCAUGUUUGUCGAGCUACAGGGCAAGAACUGAUGGAUAAUUCUUCUAGAAUUUCAAAGAUACGUAGCCGUGAACGUGACAGACUUCAUGGCCCACCUUGGUUGCAGAAAUUACAAGGAGCGUUGCUUAGCCGUGCGUAUGCCAUGCUCGACUAUGCUCAAACUGGCUUGAUUGCAGCAGUGUUCAUUUUUAAAAUGAUGGAGUGGUGGUAUCAAUCUGCUGAGGAGAGAAUGUCAGCCCCAACUGUAUACCCGCCGCCGCCACCACCUCCACCGCCGCAGGUUGCCAAGGAAGGUAUUCCACUGCCACCUGAUAAAACAAUCUGUCCGUUGUGCUCACAGAAGCGUGCAAAUCCCUCUGUAGUUACAGCCUCGGGAUUUGUUUUCUGCUACGCUUGCAUAUUCAAGUACAUUUCUCAGUAUAAACGCUGCCCAGUGACAUUGAUACCAGCAAGCGUUGAGCAGAUCCGACGGCUCUUUCACGAUGUGUAGACAUACUCAGUAUAUCAAUCUAGAAAUGAGUAGUGGCUUUACUAGCCAAAUAAAGUAGAGCGUAGAGUUAAUGUUUUAGGUUCUAUACCCUGUGGCUACCAAUUCUUUUGUCUUUAAGCCAUUUGUAAGCCUUGUUUGCCCCUGCUAAAGAAAUGAUUUUUCACAUUUGAAUCCAGCAUUGGAAUGAAUCGUUGUUUAUUCAUCUGGGAUAUAUGGAGAGAUGAAAAUUCCAUAAAUAUAGUUAUUCAUACUUAUCGCA